AUGUCAAAUAAUUAUCACUCCCAUAAUAAAAGACCUAUAUCUAACAACUUCGUUGAUAAAAUUUCAUCAAGAGAAACAAGUUUGAUAUUAUCGGAUGAAUUUUCCGGAUUAGAAAGAAUUUGUUUAACUGCUAAUGGAAAUUUACAAAGAAUUUUAAGAUAUGAAAGAGAAGUUGCUCUCGUUUGUGAAAACAAAGUAGUUUGUAAUGCAUUUAGUGAUGUUAUAGUUCGUGAUGAUAAAAUUUUAAAUUUAAUUGAAAAUGAAGGUGUUGGUCUUGGUCAACUGUUCAGUUACUUUGAUAAAGUCCCAUUAUUCCGAUUAUUACAAGUAGGUCGUAAUGAUCAAAAUUGGUGGCGUGUGUAUAAUUUAGAAAUUAUAGGUGUAGAAUGUGAGAUUAAAGAAGUUGUUUUAGCUGCCUACUUACAAAUGGAACUUUUAAUGUAUGCAGAAGAAGUAAUGGUUCGCUCGACUUCGCAUAUAUAUUAUCAAUUAAUUCUUCGUCAAGAAAUUGCUUUCUUUGAAUCUGCACCAUUAGGACAAAUUACAAAUUGGAUGCAA